AAACUCCAGCAGGAAACCAGCGCUAGUUUCCAAACCCAGAGAAGGAGAAGCAGCAAUAGAUCUGGAAGAAGGGACUGUAAUCAACUUUCCUUCUAAGGAGAAGCUGGGAAAUUUCUCACUUCGCUUCAUGAAAACGAAGCUGAAUCUUUUGCCCAGCGCCUAUUAAUUAGGUGAAAUGGGCCUCUCGCCCACGAUUUGACUUGAGCUGUGUCUCUCUAGCCCGGCCAGUUCUUCUUUCCUCCGCAGCGGAUUGGCUCUGGCUAGAAGCCUACCUCCUGCAAUAAAGGAGUCUGGUUGCUGGGUCUCUAACCCGUUGAUCUUUUUCUCUUGUUGGUGAUGGCGCUUAUCAUCUUUACCCUCCGGCUGGCCAUCGGCAUCCUGCUAUUUCCCAUGUUCCUGCUGAACCUUCUGGGCUUGUGGAACCAGAUAUGCAAAAAAUGGUUCCCCUACUUCUUGCGGAGGUUCACCGUGAUGUACAACGAACAGAUGGCGAGCAAGAAGCGCGAGCUCUUCAGCAACCUGGCCGAGUUUGCGGGCCCCUCCGGGAAGCUCUCUCUGCUGGAAGUGGGCUGCGGCACCGGGGCCAACUUCAAGUUCUACCCGGCUGGAUGCAGGGUGACUUGUAUCGACCCCAACCCCAACUUUGAGAAGUUCUUGAUCAAGAGCGUCGCCGAGAACCGACACCUGCAGUUCGAGCGCUUCGUGGUGGCUGCGGGGGAGAACAUGCAGCAGGUGGCCGAUGGCUCCGUGGAUGUGGUGGUCUGCACCCUGGUCCUGUGCUCCGUGCAGAACCAGGAGCAGAUCCUCCAGGAGGUGUGCCGAGUGCUGAGGCCGGGAGGGGCUUUCUACUUCCUGGAGCAUGUAGCCGCUGAGAGCUCAACUUGGAAUUACUUCUGGCAACAAGUCCUGGAUCCUGCAUGGUACCUGCUGUUUGAUGGGUGCAACCUGACCAGAGAGAGCUGGAAGGCCCUGGAACGGGCGCGCUUCUCUAAACUUGAGCUGCAGCACCUCCAGGCGCCACUGCCCGUGGAGCUGGUGCGCCCUCACAUCUGUGGAUAUGCUGUGAAAUAGCAGGAGCAGGGGCGGAGAGCUGCGUGGCUCAGAUGGCUUAAGGCUACAGUUUUAUUUACACUCACAAUACUAAUUGGGAGAAAGGAAACCUUUUUUUUCUUUUUAAGUAAAGUUGAAUUUCAUCCCUAGAAGUUUAUGUGAUAACCCAUUUAGCCAUUUUCUGUUGGCUCCCAGAGGAUCAAAACCAAAGCAAACGCAAAACAGGACUCUCCCUUAAAAGGAAACACUGGGCUUUCAUAAUUGAAGUUUACCAUUAUCCCCAAACUUAAGUCUGUAACUUCAAAAUCCUCCCAGCCGUCUUUUUUGUCUUUUAAUAUCAUAGAUUUUUAUAAUUUUUUCAUGUUUUAUUUCUGAGAGACAAAGAGAGCAAGCACAAGUAGGGGAGGGCAGAGAGGAGGAGACAGGAUCUGAGGCAGGCUCUGUGCUGAGAGCAGAGAAGCCAAUGUGGGGCUUGAACUCACGAACCAUGAGAUCAUGACCUGAGCGCAAGUCAGCCGCUUAACCGGCUGAGCCACCCAGGCGCCCCACAACUUACAUGGUUACCUGACGGAUUUUAAUUGUACCCGCUUUUUGAGAGCGUGGUGCUAAUAAGCCAUCAAAUCACUCAAAAGAAGACUUUGAAAGGGGAGACGUGACAAGAUCUUAAUAACUCACAAAUUGAAUAAAGAAAUCCUACCCAGGCGAAAAUCCUAAUCUGAACAGCCCAGAUUUUUUCAGAAAGAAAGCUGAAUGCAUGUGUUGUUCUUAGGAUCUCGGGGCUGGUUUUCAAAAUUAAUGGACCAGGAUGCCACACCUAGUUCUGCCCAGCUUUACUGUGUUUUCUCCAGUAUUCCACCCACAUUUGUUUUCCUGCAUUCCAGUCUUCAACUCUUAAGGUGAAGAGUGUGCUUGACCCGUUAGUAUGUCCAUAAAAAUAGUUGAGAUACUUAAGGUUCUUGACUCCAUUUUCCUGAUUACGUGGCAUAUACUUUGCUGGAUGUCUUAAAUUGUAGGCAAGGAAAAGGGCCACUGUAAUUAGGAAAACCUUGGGUAAUUAGGCAUAUUUUGUAAGAACCCCUAUAACCCAGGCAAUCUGUGAAUCUGUCAAGAAGUAGACACAUAUUUUGGAGAUAAUUCUGACCAAAUGUCCCCUCUUGUCCCAAGAUGAUUUCUUUGUUCUUUGCCACUCUGGGAACCUCUGAAGUGUUAGGUUGGUCAGAGGGUUUAAGAAUAGCGUUUUCAGCAAUAGUCUGUAUGUAUUUUAAUAAAUUUAGUAUAUUUUCUGAGAUGACUUUACAAAAGGACUAUUUUAAUUAUCAAAUCAAUACGUUCAUGUAGAUUUUAGGAAUGGAAAUAAAUGGUUUAUGUCUUUGC